CCCGCUCAGCCCGACCGUCUCACAUCUCGCACACAGACCAACUCAGCAGACAUGAAGACGAUCGUGUUUGCCGCCCUCUUGGCCGUGGCUGUGGCCAUUCCCCAGCAGGGUGCCCGCAUCAUCAGCCAGAGGUUCGACAUGGACCAGCAGGGCAACUACGAGUACGGCUACCAGCAGGACGACGGCACGGCCGCCGAACAGGUGGGCCGCGUGCAGCGGGGCCCCGAGCCAGAGACGGGCUCCCUCACCCAGCAGGGCAGCUACACCUACGUCGGCGACGACGGCGUCACCUACACGGUGGCGUACAUCGCCGACCAGGGUGGCUUCCAGCCGCAGGCGUCCCACCUGCCCGUGGCGCCGGCUCAGCUCCCCGAGUACGACCAGCUCAGGCAGCAGUACCCCCAGCUCUUCUAAACUGUGGACAACUGUGUUCAAUGCUUUCAACGAAUGCCAUGCAUGACUUACUGUGAUCUGAACUACCGUGCCAAGACCGUUUUACAUAAUACAUGUAAGUAAACACGAU